CCAAUCUCACUAGUCUCACCAUGCUAGACCUCCCUUCCUGCAACUUGAAAGGAGAGAUUCCACCAGAAAUUGGUCUGCUCCAUCAACUUUCUCAUCUGGGACUUGCAAGCAAUCAAUUGGCAGGUUCAAUCCCAGCUUCCCUUGGCAAUUUAUCCAAAUUGUAUUCCCUAGAUUUGAAAAGAAAUCUAUUGUCCGGUUUAGUACCAGCAGCACUAGGGAACAUUCCAACCUUGACUAGGCUUGUUCUGAUUGGAAACAAUUUAGAGGGGAACCUAGACUACUUCUUGUCGUCCCUCUCCAAUUGCAGACAACUUCAGUACCUUGUCAUAUGGGGUAAUUUUUUCACUGGCGCCAUCCCUGACCAUGUGGGGAACCUCUCUACACGACUCAUCUUAUUUGAUGCGGCUAACAACAAGAUAACAGGCAGACUUCCAUCAACAAUGUCAAACUUAACCAAUCUUCAAUGGCUAGAUCUUUCUACCAACCUACUCACCGAUGAAAUCCCAGAAUCUUUCACUAUGAUGGAAAAUCUUGUGUAUCUUGAUCUCGCUCGAAAUAACAUUUUAGGCCCUAUUCCAACACAACUCGGUAAGCUUGGCACAAUACAACGAUUGUUUCUACAAAGAAAUAGACUCAUAGGCUCCAUACCAAUCAGCUUUGGUAAUCUUAGUAGCAUAGAAACCAUCAACUUGUCCAAUAACCAACUAAAUUCCACUAUACCUGCAAGUUUAUUCCAUCUUGAUAAGCUUAUUCAAUUGAAUCUUUCUUACAAUUCUUUUGUUGGUGCUUUACCAGCUGAUGUUACUGGGCUAACACAAAUCUAUCUAAUCGACAUUUCUUCCAACUUCUUGAUUGGAAGUAUCCCAGAAUCAUUUGGGAAACUUGUGAUGCUUAUUUACCUAAAUUUAUCACACAACUCGUUCGAGGGCUCAAUUCCACACAAACUUGGAACACUAAGUAGCUUAGCAUCAUUAGACAUCUCCUCCAACAAUCUAUCAGGUACCAUUCCCAUGUUCUUUGCCAAUUUCACCGAAUUGACUACCUUAAACCUCUCCUUCAAUAGGCUAGAAGGCCAGAUACCAAAGAACGGGAUUUUCUCAAAUAUCACAUUGCAAUCAUUGAUCGGGAAUGCUGGGCUAUGUGGGGCUCCACGCCUUGGUUUUUUGCCAUGUCAUGAGAAAUCUCACUCAACCAACAAACACUUGCUAAAAUUUCUACUCCCAGUUGCCAUGGUAGCCUUUGGAACUAUUGCUAUUUGCAUAUACAUAUGGAUCAAAAACAAACUUAUGAAGAAGGGAGAGGUCAAUGCUUCUGUUGAUACAACUGAAGCCAUAGGCCAUCAGAUAGUUUCCUAUCAUGAGCUGAUCCGUUCAACUAAUAAUUUCAGUGAUGAUAACAUGUUGGGCUCUGGAAGCUUCGGAAAAGUCUUUAAGGGCCAAUUGAGUAGUGGUUCGGAGGUUGCCAUAAAAGUUAUUCACAUGCAUCUUGAGAAGGCCAAGAGAAGCUUUGAUGCCGAGUGUCGUGUCCUUCGCAUGGCGCGACACCGCAACCUGAUAAAGAUAAUCAACACCUGUUCUAACCUUGAGUUCAGAGCACUUGUUCUUCAGUACAUGCCCAAUGGCAACUUAGAGACACUCCUACACCGGUCUCAUGAUAUAGUUCAACUGGGUUUCCUUGAGAGACUGGGUAUCAUGCUCGACGUGUCAAUGGCAAUGGAGUAUCUGCAUCACGAGCACCAUGAGGUGAUCCUUCAUCGUGACUUGAAACCUAGCAAUGUGUUGUUCGACGAGGACAUGACAACGCAUGUGGCAGAUUUUGGCAUUGCAAAGUUACUUCUAGUUGAUGAGAACUCUGUGGUAUGUGAAAGCAUGCCUGGAACAAUUGGAUACAUGGCACUAGAGUACGGUUCUCUUGGAAAAGCAUCACGGAAAAGUGACGUGUUCAGCUACGGAGUUAUGCUCCUUGAAGUUUUUACAGGGAGGAGACCCACAGAUACAAUGUUCAAUGGGGAGCUAAGCCUUAGGCAAUGGGUUCAGCAGGCAUAUCCCGCGGAGCUUGUCCAGGUCGUGGAUGGGCAGCUACUGCAAGGCUCCUCUCCUUCUACGUGCAGCAUACAUUAUGACUUUCUCGUGCAAGUAUUCGAGCUUGGUUUGUUAUGCUCCAGCGACUUGCCUCGUGAAAGAAUGGCAUUCAAGGAUGUGGUAGUGCAGUUGAUGAAGAUCAAAGCCGAAUAUGUCAAACGGAUAACAAUGACUUCUACUAUGGCACAAUGAUUGUUCACCCUCUAUGUCUACCUAAUAGCAAGCCUUGCAGGCCCAUACCACACCUGUGCUAGAUGUGAAGUCGGGGGCGUAGA